AUGGCCCCUUCAACCGCACAGAUCAAAGCCAACGCACUGACGCGUUUGGUCAAGGAGAAGAAGCUCUACUACCAAGAGCUGGAGGAACACAAACAGGAGCUGGAAAGAUUGCAGAAACAGCCAGAUUCCGAAUAUGAGGUCAAGGUUCAGCAGAGGAUUGUUGAUGAGACACAGAGAUUGAUUCCUACACUGGACACCAAGAUCGAGACUACACUCAAUGGCUUGAAAGAGUACCUUGCUGAUAAUAAAGAUACGCUUGGUGAGGAGGAUACUGCUUUGAUUCAAAAUGCGAUUGAGAAUGUCAAAUAA